AUAGUUUUUUUUUCUUUAUCGGAUACAAUAAUUUUUUUGUAAUAUUUGCAUGGCAUGGCACUUUUUGUUUCUAUUCAUUUUUCUAACUUUGAAGGGAUCUUAAUACAUACUAAGAAUAAACUCAGCACGUCGCUUUAUUAGUUACAUAAGUAGAAAAAUUAGUUAGAACACGCCGUGGUCCAGAAUACCAUGUACCAAGACGAGGAUAUAAAUGAGAUCCAAAGGCAAAUGGAUUCAUGGAAUCCUAUGCAGGAAGACUACACCAAUAGUCAAUUUAAUAAGUAUAGUACUGGGCCUGGUGCAUAUUUAGAUCCUGCUUUGCAGCCUGCCCAACAAGCCAAAGAAACAAGGCAACAGCCCAAGAAGGAUAAUCAAAGUUCUAAGGAAAAAUAUGUGCCUUACUUGGUAUUGAAGCAUUUGCCGCAAGGAACUACCAAGAAGGCAAUUACUAAUAUUUGUUCCCGAUAUGGUGUUGUAACCGAUGUGCGUGAUAGCACGAAAAAUGACUAUUUCUUCGUCGAUUUCCCAACUAUAGCCGAAAUGGAGUCCGUAUACCGCGCUUUGGUAAAAAACAACUACGGUUUUCAUGUUCUUGUCGGCAAGCAAAAAAGUAAACAACAAACCGAGCCAAUAGUUUCCGAUGUAGAAAAUAACCUGCCACUUAUAAAAGUUGAUAAGGAUGGAAUUGAUUUAGAAAAUAGAACCUAUCGAACAUCGGAGAAACAUUUGCCAAGACCGCACUUCGAGCGAAAGCCGAUGGUUAGUCUUAAAAGUUAUGAAGCGAAAAAUUCGCUUUUACAACGAAAUGAUCCCCACAGACAUUACUUGAUUAACGAAGAUGCACAUGAACUUGAGCGCUCAGGUUUAAAGGAGGGCAUGCCACAAAGUAUGGAAAAUUCAAAGUACAAAUAUCGGACAGGCAGAGCAUACAUUGAGAUGCCAGAGAAAUCUAAAAACUUUGUCGAAGAAAAGUCCCGCAAAUCCUUGGGGAGCUAUGACACAGCACGGCGUGUAUAUGAAAACAACCAUGAAGGCAGAAAAAUUGGGAGACCAGUUAAUGUGGGACAGUGCACCUAUUGCCAACGUAUAUGUGAUAUAGUUUGCGCACGCUGUCAGACGUACUUCUGUGGUUUGGAAUGCCAACGUACGGCAUGGCCGAAACAUCGCCAAAUUUGUGGAAAAGAAAAUCAAUGUAGGAUAAACAAUUUAAAAAGUACCAACUUCCCAAAGUCGAAUUCUAAUGCUGAAUCUGAAAGUAAUCGGGUGCAGAGUUCGGCAAAUACUUCUGCGUCGUCAGAAGCAAACUUGUUGCCCAAAAAUGAUCAAAAACAAUCUGAGUCGCGAUCAGCAGAAAUUCCACGUAGUGGAAGUUUAAUUACUCUCACAUCCAUUAGCAAAACGAAUAUCGUAUUUAUACGUUCAAAAGCUGAUGAAGAAAAUUAUAACUUCUUCAAACUUAUUAAUGAAGUGCAAAGCGAUGCUAAGAAUAUGAAGAAAUUGUCAAAAUUGCCAAGCUGUGGGCAGAUUGUUAUUGUUGAUUUCGAAGGCCAAUUCAAUCGUGCGAUGGUACUAAACAGUGACGAUGAGCAGCGCGUCAAAUUGAUUUAUAUUGAUUAUGGAAAUUUGGAUGCACGAAAGUUUGAAGAAUUGUAUGAGGCGCCUCGGCAAUUUGUCGAUAUACAACGCUUUGCUGUGCCUGUAAUUCUGAAAGAUGUGCCCGAAAUGUAUAUGACUGAAGAGAUUCGUAAAUUUAUGUAUUCCUACUUAAAUUGCAUUGAUUUGGUUAUAAAAUAUGAAACCGAAACCGAUUGUUUAGCAGACAAGGGAGUUUAUAAGGUGGAAUUGAUUGAUGGUACAACGAAUCAGAAUUUCAACAAAAUGGUUGCUAAAAUAUGCAAACCCACAGAGCCGCUUAAUCCAGAUGAAGCAUAUUUUGCUAAUUAUUUGCCACGGAAGCAAUUACCAGAAGGCGAAAAUAUUGAACUGGUCGUUAUGGAUAACUCCUUGCUUCAAACGGGCUGCAUAUCUUGUACCACAAAGGAGUGGGCUAUAGAAAUCGAGAAAUUCCAAGCUGAUCUUCAGACCUAUGCUGAGUCGUUAAAAGAGCAGUGUUACACUCCACGUGUUAGCGAACUUUGCAUUGCCAAAUAUAAAGUAGAUGACAAAUGGUAUCGCGGCCGUUGUCUGGAAAUUGUUGGCGAUGGAUACCCGAGUAUUGUAUUCAUCGACUAUGGCAACAUAGAAAAGAUCAAUGUAAAGGACAUCAGGCGUUAUCCAGCACAGUUUACUUUUCCCAUAUACACAUGUGAUUGCGGGAUUGAAGGUUUGCCGGAACCUGAAUGCGGUGCUGAUUUAGUUCAGAAGUUAGAAGAAGUCAUACCUAAUGGCAGUACAAUACUUUGCAACAAUGUUGAAAUUUAUAAAGAAGACAAUUUCCAUGUCGUAACAUUAACCAAACUAAUUCAAAAACUGAAAUUAGAAGGUUUACUUAAAGAAGGAUAAAUACUAAAUAUACACAAAUACAAAUUAAUUCUUCCUUAUCCUGAGUU